AUGAAGACUCCCCCAAAUUCAGAGGAUGAGGGGACAGAUGAGGAGUCCAAAGAUUUUUGUCCUGUGUUUAGAGAAGGUAUAAGGUUUGGAGAACUGCAAUUGGAAGUUGGCAUGAAAUUCAACACAAAAUGGGACUUUAAGGAGGCUGUUAGGGAGUUCACAAUCCAAGAGGGCAGACGGAUUAGGUUCAGGAAGAAUGACAAUGUGAGGAUGAGGGCUACUUGUAAAGUGAAAGGAUGUCCAUGGGUGGUGUAUGCAUCAAGGGAUCAUGAAGAUACUUGUUGGCAAAUAAAGACCUUCGUUAAUGAUCAUACAUGCCCAAGGGAGGAUAAGAACAGGGCAGCUAACAGAAAUUGGGUGGCGAGAAAACUAGUCAAGAAGGUUAGGAAGUACCCAAAUUUCAAAUAUUGUGAUGCUGCCACUUACUUCAAGUCAAGGUUUGACUUGUUCUUGAACAAGAACUCAAUAUCAAGGGCCCUCUUUGAUGCAAAAAAUGUGGUGUUCGGGGAUGAAAAGGAACAAUACAAAAUCCUGAGGGAUUAUGGUCUUACACUUCUUAAGACUAAUCCUGGAUCAACAGUUGAAAUUUGUUGCACUCCCCAACCAGAAUCUGAUCCAGUGUUUGAGAAAAUGUAUGUGUGCUUGAAUGGAUGCAAGAAUGGUUUCAAAGCCGGAUGCUGA